AUCCAUCAGGAUUGCAAUUGUAAUUUUCUUAUUUAUAGAAAUUGUAUUCCAAUUAGAACUGUCUGUAAAUCAGAAAAGGAGGAAUACGAUUCUAGGAUGGAUUUGAUGCCGCAUCAAACUUUGGAGCUUAUAAGCCCAAUCCCUUUCUCAUAGCCUCAAUUGGAGGGAAACCCCAAAUAUUUCAAACUCAAUCCCUCUGCCCAUCAAAACUAGCCCACGCACUUCCCUCCGAACAAAGGGAGAGAAGAGGGAGAGUGGGUGUCUCAUAUCUCCAUCAUCUGCAGCUAACUGCUCAUUUGUGGAAUCUUCUGAAGCUCCACCUAGUUGCGGAGAUAGAGCGAUACAGAAAGAGAGAGAGAGAGAGAGAGAGAGAGAGAGAGGAGGGGAGGUGAUUUGGGAAUUCUAGGGUUUCACAGCUCAGACUUUGUUUGGAGAGAGAGAGAGAGAUAGAGGGGCUGGGAGAGGUUAGGGUCCGAAGAUGUCGCAGAGCAGCAACAAUUACAGCAGCGGAAGUGUCGGGCCAGACUUCCACCUACCCGAUGAGAUCUUAUCGGUGAUCCCGACGGAUCCGUACGACCAGCUCGACCUCGCAAGGAAGAUCACGUCAAUGGCUAUUGCGUCGCGCGUGUCGAACCUUGAGUCAGAGAUGGGAAGAAUGCGGCAGAAGAUGGGUCAGAAGGAUGGGAUGAUAUAUGAGCUCGAAGAGAAGGUCUCACAACUCGAGCGGGCAUAUCAGGAGAGUGAAAAUCGAUUAAAAACUGUUCUUGACGAAAAUAUGAAACUUUCAAAAGAGCGGGAAUCAUUGGCAGCAUCGGUAAAGAAACUCACCCGUGAUUUGAUGAAGUUGGAGACAUUUAAGAGACAACUGAUUCAGUCACUUAGUGAUGAUUCUCAAUCUGAAACUGUUGAUAUUGAAACCUGUGACCAAUCAGUUUCCAAGGCUUAUCCUGUGAAGGAAGAGGUAACAAAUGGCUACAUGGUUCAGCAUUCAUUCAGUGGCUCAGCAGAAGCUGGAAACACAACUGAUGAAGCAUCAAGGCAUGCUGGACACAGAUUUUCUAUUACUCCAUAUAUUACCCCGAGGCUUACUCCAACUGGAACCCCCAAAAUUGUUUCCACUGGUGGGUCACCCAGAGGUUAUUCAGCUGCUGAAUCACCCCAGGUAGCAUCAGGUGCGACAUCUCCGACAAAACCUUAUUUUGAGGGACGGUCUUCGCUAUCUUCAUGGUACCCAUCAAGCCAGCAGUCAUCAGCAGCAAGCUCUCCUCCCCAUAGACGGUCGCUACGAGCCCACACUCCACGCAUUGAUGGAAAGGAGUUCUUCCGUCAAGCUAGGAGUCGUCUAUCCUAUGAGCAAUUCAGUGCAUUUCUAGCCAACAUUAAGGAGUUAAAUGCUCAGAAGCAAUCUCGAGAGGAAACUUUAAGGAAAGCAGAAAUGAUAUUUGGGACAGAGAACAAAGAUCUUUACCUCUCGUUUCAAGGAUUGCUUAACCGCAGUGCACACUAGAAUUGCCAGAGAAGCUUGAUGAUGUCAGUUUGAAUGAAAUCAGCUGCAGUGAGUGGAUUUGAACUUAGUACAUUGCAGACUAUCAUUUUUCAAAAUGCAAUCAAGAUGGAAAGUGGGCUUUACAUAACAGUGAGGAAAGGAAUUUUGUGGGCUUCGUUGUUCUCCAUUAUGUUUAGGUAUGCAGCAUAAAUAGCUGCGUUCUUAUGUGCAUUACCUACCUGGCUCUGCUGUCAUACUUGAAUGUACCAGUUUGCGAUUUUCAUCUUGUAACAUAUUUGCUUGCAAGUGGGGAAAUAUCGUUAAUGUGCUUCAUCUUUUGCGCUCUCUCUCUCUCCCUGGUGGUUGAGUUUGUGAAAGAUUUAAUUGUUUAUUUGGUUUCAUUUUUUUAUUGUGGUUUUUGUUGGAUCCC